AUGGGGUCGUGUGACCUCAUAUUCGCUUUGACAUUUGCUAGAAAAUUGGUUAUAUUUGUGGUUCCAUUAUCAUCUGUCAGAUUUGCACGUCCCAGAGUUGAACCAUUUAUAGAUAUCGGUCCCAAUCCGGGUCAAUAUAUAUUCGGAACAAGAGAAGAAGGCGAUCGACUUAUUUUUCAAAACUUUAUAUAUUUAGAAGCUAAAAUAGGUCGUAUUCUUAAAUACAGGGAGACUAUUCAUACCCCAUAUGAAGAAACAAUUACUCAAGUUGAUCUUCACAGUUGGUUAGGACGAUGGUCUACUGGCGAACGUGUCCAGGUAACUGAGUAUGGUCCAGGUUACCGAAAUGUCACCUUAGCGUUCUACGGUAAACGAGGCCAUGCGAUCAAUUUCGCUGUAACUUUGUACGGUCUAUAA